CCGGCGGGCGCGCUCCGCGUCACGGCCCCGCGCGCCAAAAUCAAACCCCGCGGCCGGCGGGGCGCAGCCGAGCCCCUGCCCGGCGCUUCCUGCGCGCCCGGCCGCCAUGGCGACGCCGCCCAAGAGGAGCUGCCCGUCCCCCGCCGGCGGCGCCGACGGAGCCCGCAUCAAGAAGAUCUCCAUCGAGGGCAACAUAGCUGCAGGGAAGUCAACUUUCGUGAAUAUUCUUAAACAAGUUUCUGAAGAUUGGGAAGUGGUUCCUGAACCUGUUGCCAGGUGGUGCAACGUUCAAAGUACUCAAGAUGAAUUUGAGGAACUGACAACUUCUCAGAAGAGUGGCGGGAAUGUUCUUCAAAUGAUGUAUGAGAAACCCGAACGGUGGUCUUUUACCUUCCAGUCUUACGCCUGCCUCAGUCGAAUCCGCGCUCAGCUUGCCUCUCUCAAUGGCAAGCUCAAAGACGCCGAAAAACCUGUAGUAUUUUUUGAACGAUCUGUAUAUAGUGACAGGUAUAUUUUUGCAUCUAAUUUAUAUGAGUCUGAAUGCAUGAAUGAAACAGAAUGGACAAUUUAUCAAGACUGGCAUGACUGGAUGAAUAACCAGUUUGGUCAAAGUCUUGAACUAGAUGGAAUCAUUUAUCUUCGUGCCACUCCAGAGAAAUGCUUGAAUAGAAUAUAUUUACGGGGAAGAAACGAAGAGCAAGGCAUUCCUCUUGAAUAUUUACAAAAACUUCAUCAUAAGCAUGAAAGUUGGCUUCAGCAUAGAACACUAAAAACCAAUUUUGAUUAUCUAGAAGAAGUGCCUAUAUUAACGCUGGAUGUUAAUGAAGAUUUCAAAGACAAACAUGACAGUAUGGUUGAAAAGGUCAAAGAGUUUUUGAGCACUUUGUGAUCUUGCUGAAGACUGUCAGCAGCAAGUGAAUCCAGAGUCUUCCAUUUUGCUGGUCUCUGUAUUUCCAUAUUUCUAUGUCUCUUCAGAAAACCACAGUUCAUAACCAUUUUCAUUUCAAAAAAAACAUUUUUGGAUAAUCUUAUAUAAUUUCUUUUUAUGGUUUCAAAAGCAAGGACUUUAUCUCUCGGAAGACUGAGAGGGUAAUGUUUCCAAAAUCAGUAUAGUUGAUUAAACUGCUACACUGUGUCUAGUUUUAAACUGUUCCAUAAAGGAUCCAUCCUUCUUCCUUGCUUCCCUGCUCUCACCUAUCUUAGAAGGGUGAUAUUCUUUUUCCUGGUGCUUCUCGUCUGAUGGCCAGUUUCUUAACUGGAAAAUUUUAAUAUUAUGUAAAAUAAUAUAAUAUUCCUUAUGUGAUGUGACUUCUGUAAAAUAGUAUGUUGUUGCUAAGUUGAACUGUUGAAUUUAAGGCCAGGGAGAUACCAAAACUGCCCCAUUCAUUGCAAGUCUGCAUCAGCCCGUUGAGCCAUCUCUUGGUCUCCCGAGCACUACCCGGUGUCGUUCUGGUGGUCCCAGCACCACUGGCUGGCCUAAAACAAUCAAGGGAAGUAGAAUUGAAGUUGCCUAGAGAAAUUGCUUUAAGGUUCUAUUUUUAGUAUCUUUGUCAAAUAGUUUUCCUUCCACCUUAAUUUAUAUGGAAGAUAAUAUCAGGAUUAGUAUUUAAUCAUGCCAUUGAUGUUGAUCAAUAUACCUAUUAACACAUUUAUAGAGGAGCAUUUUAGAUUUGAUUUGUGGGUUGUAGAAACAGAUCAUUGACUCUUUAUUCUGCCAUUUUCUGUAUCUGGUAUGGGUAAGACUUGACUCGUUUUUCUUCUGUCAGGUAUUGGAGGAUUAAAAUAGCUCUUUGCUUUCUCUUCUCAGACCAUUUUUUUAGAGUUGAUUAUUACUGCCACACUUAAAAGAUUGAUCAACUGUAAUUAUUUGUCUUCUGGUGCCUUUAAAUCAUUUGAAGUGAAAAAAUAGUUUUCUCUAAAUUUCUUUUCUGUCUCUAUCUGCCUCCACCUCUUUUUUUGUUUUGGGGCCACUCUGGCCCUUUGCUUGUUUUUGGAUGUCAGUACUAUGUAGUAGGACUAUAGUGAAGGGUGUCUUCAUUUUACAUAUGUAAGAUAAAGGAAUAGAGAAGUUUCUGUUAACUAGACAUACUUAAUCUAUAAGCACUUAACAUGAUUAAUUAUAAUUUAAAAAACUUGCAUAGAUUUAUUUUAGGUCUGUAUAACUUUAACCAUCCCCACCUCCAUAGCGUGUGCUUAUGGAUGUGUAGUGUUGUUGUUACUGUAUUUUAAUAUAUUUAACCUAUACUUGACAUUUUAAAAAAAAUUCUGCUUUUGAAAUGAGGGAAGAGUCACUUUGAAACAAUUUUUUUUUUCUUUUUGGGUCACACCGGGGUCGCACAGGGGUUACUCCUGGCUCUGCACUCAGGAAUUACUCAGGGGACCAUAUGGGAUGCUGGGAAUUGAAUCCGCGUCAGCCACAUGCAAGGCAAACGCCCUACUGGCAGUGCUAUCGCUCCAGCCCCUCUUUUUAAAAUGUCUUCUGUGCAUGGAGAGAUAGUACAAGUGGGCAGGGUGCUUGCCCUGCAUGUGGCUGACCCAGGUUUGAUUCCCCAGUACACCCUCUGCUCCCCCGAACCCGGCCAGGAGGGAACCCUGAGCAUAGAGCCAGGAGUAAGUGCUGACCACAGCCAGAUGUGGCUCCAAAACAAAACAAAUUUAAAAUUUUCAUCUUUUUGAUUUUGAUUUUUUUUAUGUAGGAAUACUGCUAUUUAUUCAGCCAUUGAUUAAAUUUUGAUUUCUUGAUAUUAAAAACCGAUCAUUGUUUUGAUUACUGUUGCUUCUUUCCCUUCCUUCCUUCCUUCCUUCCUUCCUUCCUUCCUUCCUUCCUUCCUUCCUUCCUUCCUUCCUUCCUUCCUUCCUUCCUUCCUUCCUUCCUUCCUUCCUUCCUUCCUUUUUUUCCUAGGGAUUCAUUUUAGGCCUGGCACAUAUAAAACUUGCACUCUACCACUGAGCUAUAUAAUCCCUGCCCCAAUAACUGCAGCUUUAAGUUUAGUCUUGAGACUGAUUUUUUAAAAUUUGUUUCCUAGUCUUGAGGCAUGAGCUGUUCUUAGCAAUACUUUGGUUUGAUGUUGUCCUAAUAAGGUUUUUAAAAGUAUUCCUUGAAUGAAAUUAUCUUUUACAUUUCUAAGUUUAAUAUUGAAAAAAGAAGGCAAAUUUGUUAUAAUCCCAUAUUUCCCUUAUUUCUGUGUAGGGACAUGGAAUGCUAUCACUAGUAUAGAAUAUAUUGAUUUUUGACGAUGCAAAAAAUAUGUAAGUAUAAUCUUUUGUAAAAAUUGUUCAGUUUUAACUUUUUGCCUUAGUCUCUUGAAAAGUUUUACCACCUUUCCAUCACUUUUUUGAAAAAUAUUUGUAUAUAAAAAUGUUUCCAGUUCAGAGUACACUAAAACAAGUACGCAUUAGAGAGUAGUAUUUAACCUUACUAUAUCAGUAAACAUUUACUUUACAUUUUCUGUAUGGGUUAUAAUUUUUUAGUAUUUCAGCUAAUUCUCUUUUACCAGAAGUAUGUCUAAUGGGAAUAUGGACAUUAUAUCUUUUUGGACUGAAGUCUUUUCUGCCAGAUGCCUUUUCCAUGCCAUUUUGAAGGGUGUGUGUGUGUGCUGUUUGUUUUGGGGCUACACCCAGUGGUGCUAGAGCUUAUUCCUGGCUCUGAGCUCAGGGAUCACUCCUGGUGGGUUUCAGGAAACCAUAUGGGAGUGCCAUGGAUGGAACCAGGGUCGACGGUGUAUGCAAGGCAAGUGCCCUGCCUGCUGUACUUAUUAUUCCAGACUGCAUUUUGAAGUUUUUAAAAGGGAUUUUUCUGUUUCUUAAACUUGGUCACAGCCUUAUAUGCAGUCAUGUAACUGAAUGUGGUGGUCAUGAAAAAUUGGUUUAAAAACAUAUGAUUUAAUAUCAGCAAAUGUUUGACUAAUAUGCCUGUCAUAUAUCCAGGAUCAUGUAAAACUUUGUCUGGUGAAAAGUUGUGCAUGGAAAAUGUUUAAGAAGCCUUAAGUUAUAUUUUAAAGUGUAAGAUGAAUGUAAGAAAAUACUUGUUUCCAUAAAGGUGGAAAAUUGGUCGGGGAAAAAUGUGCAGAAGGCAGAAUUCAUCUUCCAGGAAUUAUUUCUUUUUUCUCUACCAGCUGCAGCCUACCAUCAAGCUCCUCUCUUUGACAAGUAUAGUAAACCUUUAUCAUAACUUUUAUGUAUAAUCAUUAUUUCUGCUUAUAAAUAUUUUUUCAUUCAAUUGGUAGGAGUUUUGAGGAUCUUAUAUAACAUUAUAAAUGCAAUUUUUAAAGUGACAUGAAAUUUUAUUUCAAACUUUUUUUCUUAGUUAUAGCUUUCAGGAGUAAAUUAAAAAUGUAAAGGGGAGGGACCGGAACAAUAGUACCAGUGGGUAGGGUGCCAUGGGUUUGAUCUCAAAUGGUCCUUCAAGCCCACUGGAGUGCUCCUGAGCACAGAGCCAGGAAUAACUCUGAGCACAGUCAGGUAUGGCCCCCCAAAAAAUUGGGGGUUACAUAUGUAAUUACAUUUUCCUUUUUUUUUUUUUUUUACUUUUCUGUUUGCUCAAGCAAAUUGAUGAACAACGGGAAGACAGUGCUACAGUGCUACUUUUCUAUACCUUAGAUUAUUGCUUACGUUAUUGCUACUAUAGCUCUUUAACUAUAUAUAUAAGGUACAUGUCCUUAAUACGAUAUUAAUUUUCUUGGAAUUAAAAAAAUAUUAGUUUUCUUGUGUGUGUUUGGUCUAUACCCAGUGGUGCUCGGGGCUUGCUCCUGACUCUGUGCUCAGGAAUGACCCCUGGUGGUGUUUGGGGGAAUCUUCGGCAGUGCCAGUGACUUGAAUUUGUGUUGACUGCAUGGAGGGCAAGCACCUUAACUCCUGUAAUAUGUCUCUUGGCCUCAUAUUAUAUUUUUCUUGUUAAAAUGUAUUUUAAUGGAAACAUCAUGAUUUACAAAGUUGUUGAUAAUGCAGUUGUUUCAGACCUACAGUGUUCCAGUACCGAUUCAACCAUCGCUGUCACUUUCCCUCCCAACUCCUAGCUUUUCCUUUUAGCAGUCACAUAACAAGUUUACUUCAUAUUGUUUGCUAUGUUGGAACCUGAAGGAAUGGCAAAUGGAAUUAUCAGAAAACAAAUAAUGAAAAUAAAUUUGUAAUGGUUGAUUGCCAUAAUAAUCUAUGUAAAUAAUUAAAAUCUUUCAAUACAGUGUGAUAUGCCUGUUCUCAUAUAAAUAAGUUUUAAGCUCUGGCAUCUAAAAUAUAUUGCAUUAAGUUUUAUUUUGUACUUGGGUCUCAUUGUAUUAGUCACGUUUUCCCUGUUACUAAUAAACUUUAAAAAAAUUCUGUGCGAAUA